AUGGUCUGUCCCCGCGCGGCUUCUGCUGCGCUGCUUGUCUCCUGCGCUGCAGCAGCAGCAGCUCCGCUGCUGCUGCCCGCUGCUGCUGCUGCUGCUGCUGCUGCUGCUGACGCCCCCCCGCCCGCCAGCUUCAGGGGCCCCCCCUCAGGGGCCCCCAGAGCCCGCAGGGACCCUGCAGAGGCCCAGGCAGAAGCAGCAGCAGCAGCAGCAGUGCUGGCAGCAGAAGCUUACAUUCAAGAGCUGCUGGAGCUCAGUGGCCUCAGAUCCUCCGGAGGCAGCUGCUCAGCUUCCGCUGCAGCAAGAGCUGCUGCAGCAGCUACAGCAGCAGCAGCAGCAGCAGCAGCAGCAGCAGCAGCAGCAGCAAGCUGCUGCUGGGGCGGCGCGCUCUUAGCACGGGGCCCCCUGAGCAGCCCUGUCCUGCUUCCAGGGGCCCCCCAGGGGCCCUGCGGGUGGCCCCUGCUGCAGCAGAAGCAGCAGCAGCAGCAGCAGCAGCAGAAGACAACGCUCCUGCUGCAGCAGCAGCAGCAGCAGAUGAAGAUGCUCCUGCUGCAGCAGCAGCAGCUGCAGCAGCAGCAGCAGCAGCAGGGGACUGGGGAGACAUUACUGACGAUCCCGACGAUCCCCUUUUCUCCGCUUGCGAGAUCCCAGGGCCCGCCCACGCUGCUCUCUGGCUGGGCAGCAGCAGCAGCAUCAGCAGCAGCAGCAGCAGCAGCAGCAGCAGCAGCAGCAGCAGCACAAGGGAUUUGCCGGAUUUUGAAUGUGAAGGAGACGGCGACAGCGCGGCUGCAGUGUCGCCGCUGCUGA